CUUCUCAGCCAGAAAGUCUCCGGAGCUUGCGCCAGGCUGCUUGCGGCGCCCCCAACUUAGACGCAGGUGUUGGAAGCGGGCGGGGGAAGAGGCGUCGUUGCUGGAGCUGAGACCAGACGGCCAGAGUGCUCAGGGAUGAACCUCGAGUUGCUAGAGUCCUUUGGACAGAAUUAUCCAGAGGAAGCUGAUGGAACUUUGGAUUGUAUCAGCAUGGCGCUGACUUGCACCUUUAACAGGUGGGGCACGCUGCUUGCAGUUGGCUGUAAUGACGGCCGAAUUGUCAUCUGGGAUUUCUUGACAAGAGGCAUUGCUAAAAUAAUUAGUGCACACAUCCAUCCAGUCUGUUCUUUAUGCUGGAGUCGAGAUGGUCAUAAGCUCGUGAGUGCUUCCACUGAUAACAUAGUGUCACAGUGGGACGUUCUUUCAGGCGACUGCGACCAGAGGUUUCGAUUCCCUUCACCCAUCCUAAAAGUCCAGUAUCAUCCGAGAGAUCAGAACAAGGUUCUCGUGUGUCCCAUGAAAUCUGCUCCUGUCAUGUUGACCCUUUCAGAUUCCAAGCAUGUUGUCUUGCCGGUCGACGACGACUCUGAUCUGAACGUGGUUGCAUCUUUUGACAGGCGAGGGGAAUAUAUCUAUACAGGAAAUGCAAAAGGCAAGAUUUUGGUCCUAAAAACAGAUUCUCAGGAUCUUGUUGCUUCCUUCAGAGUAACAACUGGAACAAGCAAUACCACGGCCAUUAAGUCAAUAGAGUUUGCCCGGAAGGGGAGUUGCUUUUUAAUUAACACAGCAGAUCGAAUAAUCAGAGUUUAUGAUGGCAGAGAAAUCUUAACCUGUGGAAGAGAUGGAGAGCCUGAACCCAUGCAAAAAUUACAGGACUUGGUGAAUAGGACCCCGUGGAAGAAAUGUUGUUUCUCUGGGGAUGGGGAAUACAUAGUGGCAGGUUCAGCCCGGCAGCAUGCCCUGUACAUAUGGGAGAAGAGCAUUGGCAACCUGGUGAAGAUUCUCCACGGGACGAGAGGGGAGCUCCUCUUGGAUGUAGCUUGGCAUCCUGUUCGACCCAUCAUAGCAUCCAUUUCUAGUGGAGUGGUGUCUAUCUGGGCACAAAAUCAAGUAGAAAAUUGGAGUGCAUUUGCACCAGACUUCAAAGAGUUGGAUGAAAAUGUAGAAUAUGAGGAAAGGGAAUCAGAGUUUGAUAUUGAAGAUGAAGAUAAGAGUGAGCCUGAGCAGACAGGGGCUGAUGCUGCAGAGGAUGAAGAAGUGGAUGUCACCAGUGUGGACCCUAUUGCUGCCUUCUGUAGCAGUGAUGAAGAGCUGGAAGAUUCAAAGGCUCUAUUAUAUUUACCCAUUGCCCCUGAGGUAGAAGACCCAGAAGAAAAUCCUUAUGGCCCCCCACCAGAUGCAGUCCAAACCUCCUUGAUGGACGAAGGGGCUAGUUCAGAGAAGAAGAGGCAGGCUUCAGCAGAUGGGUCCCAGCCACCUAAGAAGAAACCCAAAACAACCAAUAUAGAACUUCAAGGAGUACCAAAUGAUGAAGUCCAUCCACUACUGGGUGUGAAGGGGGAUGGCAAAUCCAAGAAGAAGCAAGCAGGCCGGCCUAAAGGAUCAAAAGGUAAAGAGAAAGAUUCUCCAUUUAAACCGAAACUCUACAAAGGGGACAGAGGUUUAUCUCUGGAAGGAUCAGCGAAGGGUAAAGUGCAGGCGGAACUCAGCCAGCCCUUGACAGCAGGGGGAGCAAUCUCAGAACUGUUAUGAAGACCCUUGAAGUUCUUCGUUUUUCCCUACUUUGCCAUCAUGUGGCCUCUGGACACCGUGGUCAGUCAUUUGAGAUUGACUUUAAUUUAAAACAAAGGCCUCUGCUGCCCACCCAGGAGGUGGAAGGAGUGAAUUUUAUGUUUGAAUGAAGAAGUGAAUUAUGGAAGAAGAGUAUACGUCCCUUCCCUUUCAAGCAUAAGUCCAAAUAGGCUCUCAGGAACGAGGAUUUGUGAAGACGUCAGAUGGGAGUUUUGACUCAUUUGAACUUUAAUACUUAAGUUGCUGGAGAAAAGAUACCUGUUUUGCUCAUCUAAUUUUGUUGUACCCAGCAUCGUUUCCUGUCUCCUAUUUGCCUUCCAUCCUCAGUGCAUGUCCUUGAGUGACUUGUCCUAUCUGAAAUUCUGCUACCGGUAUCCAGAAAAACUUCUAUUGCCUAGUCUUUCUCCCUUUUUUAAAAACUUACCCUCUCACCAGAUACCUCCUGUAUUUCCAUUUGGUGUACAAAGGAUGGGCAGAAAAGAAAGUGCUUGAAAGAUUUCAAGUUUUCAGAAAGGGAAGAAAGAUAAGAAAGUUCCCCUUUUCUUCACGGGCCGGGUUUGGCUUGGGAGUGGGGCCAUGAGAUGUCAGGGUGUCACUUUGUUUCCUUUCGGUGCAUGUUCCCCUCCGGCGUUGGUUCAUUCUCAUUGAUCAUGGUUUUUGAAGAUAGCUAGUUCCAUCUGUCUCCAGCGAAGAAUCAUCAGUUGUUGAUCUUGCUUUCCCUGUGCUGGCUUCCAGAGAUGGAAACAGACGAGGCGUCUCCUGACAAGCUACUCUUGCACUGGGUUGGGAGUGUAAGCCAGGACUAGAGGAAGACCGUCCAGGAGCAGGGCAGCAACAGCACAGUGCAAAUCAAAGAUCGAGCAAAGUUGUUUUAUCACUGCUGUGGCUCUCUGCCCUUCCAUCAGUCAUUGCAUUCUUCCCUUGUUUCCAUGCUCCUUUUCCUUCUACGGUAUUUUCAGUCACUUCCUUUCUGUGAAAGGUUGCUUAGCUUUUUAAAAAAUUUUUAAUUUUUACUUUUGCUGUUCUUUAUAUAAAAAGUAGCAGAUUAGAUGGAUGUGUACAUUAGGUGUUUGAAAUUGUCUGAAAAUCCAGAGUCAAGAGCCAGGUGUGGCAAGGGCUCACUCAGGUCUCUGAGCAGAGCUUUCAGCUGACCAGAAGUGCUUCAUCGGGAUCGUCACGUUCACAGUAUUUUCCAAGGAGAGUUCAAACACUGUGCUUAUUGUGAAAUCUCUUAUCAGCUGUGGAUGCUCCUAUAGGUAGCCAGACAGAUUGAUUACCUUUCGGAUUUUAGGAUAGAAAUCAAAGUAGAACACAUCAGUAAGAGCCUGUUUCUCCCAUCCCAUCUUCUAGAAUCAGAAUACUCAGUAACUGAAGUAAGAGCUCU